UCCAAAAGCUUGUGCUCUCGAUUCUCAUGUUAUGUCCAAUUUUACGGCGUUUACAUGGGUGAAAGAUGCUAUAAAUCGUCAAACUCUAUUAGGCCACAGAAGUAUUUUUGUCCUUGUGAUAGUAGAUAACCUUCUUCUGCCUGCAACAAUGACAGAGCGCCUCAGAAUUGUAGGCAGUCUAUAUUUUUCUCAGUUAAUUGUUGACUUGUUCUUGUUUAAUUUCCAGUUACGUUAGAGGAGGUGUUGCUGGAAACAAAUUUAAGGAUUCCUUUGCGCUUAGCUGGACAUAAAGAUGAUAGAGCAUGACCAACAGGAAAGUGCUUAGCAGAGGCAAUUGCAACAAAACCAGGAAAUCCAAGAUGUUGUCCUCUUACCUGAUGAGGUGUUACUGUUGGUGCUACUGUCUUCUCAAAGAUUCAGAUGCAAAGACAAAGAAUCUCUGCCAUCUUCUUUCGAAGACAAUCUCCAUACACAACGGAAGGGAAUUGAAUAUUUAGAUAGAGCCCAAGGAGCUGCGGUAAGAUGCCAGGCACCUGCACAAAAUGUCCAAUGGUCUGCAAAAUCAAUGGCCCUAGUUGACAACAUUCAUAACCCAGUUUUAACAGAGACCAUGAAAGUGAAUGCCGAGUUUAUGAAUUCCUCCCAGCCCAUUGAAUCACAUCACAUGGUAUAUGAGAAGUUCAUUACAGAUUAGGAUAUUUUUCUGUUUGCCAAAGGUAUCAACUAUAAACAAGGACUAAAUGUUGCAACACAAGACCUCCGUUGCAUCUUCAAUGACACAAUAGAAACUACUGUAACUCUAUUUGCACUCUGCACAAGAGAUCUUUAGGUGUGAGCAUCCAGAAGAAGAACAAGUACUUCAUCAGUUGCUUGGAUACAAAAUCACUCUGUCAAUCCUUGGAAACCCUAUUCCUUCUGUUGUUUAUUAUGACAUCCCACCAUCUUAUGACAGACCUCUGCAGUAUGCUCAUGUUAGAACUGCAGAAAGCAAGAUGAAACUAUGUGCCUGCACCUUGGUGUUUAUCUCUGGACUCCGGCCCCUUCUCGCAGCGGAUCAACCUGGGUUCGCUCCAAUGGACGCAUACGCUGCCAGUUCAGUCGCCAAGUAUCCAGCAGCAGCAUCGCAGGGCCUGCAAUAUGUUAGGUUCAAGAUGGUUCCGUGUGGGGUAAAUUUACUGCAUACGCAUCCAUGAGCUUCAGGAAUGCUUACUCUUAUCUCAGGAGGGCCUCUUCAAGUUGGUUUUGUUGACACUCAAGGUCAAGCUUUCAUCGAUAUUUUGCAUCCUGGAGAUGUCACCAUAUUUUCGAGGGGGACACUGCAUUUUGAGCUUAAUGUUGGAACUGAAGAAACUAAUUAUAUCUCUGCUCUCAACAGUCAAAAUCCUGGUGUUGUGACAAGCAGCAUGCCAAUAUUGAAGCUUCCAUUGAAAAGUGUGGCAACAGCUUUCAACAUCACCCAACAAGCUGUGAAGAAAUUAGAUUCAACGAUAUAUGCCAGUGAUUCCCACUCCCCCAAAAUAAAUGGCGUCCAUUGGGAACCAUAUGCACCGACCCGACAUAAUGUGAGCAGAUAUCCAUUGCCAUGGGCUAAGACACAGGAAGCAGAGUUUUCACACUGUGCUUUCAUGGCCAGGGAAAAGUUCCAAUGGAUGAUGUAUACCGAUGUGGGUGAGUUUGUAUUAUCUGAUUCUUGGUUGAAUGAGCAGGUGGGUCCUGAGGACAAGGGCUUUCAGGAAGUAAAACCCAAAAGCAAGGAUCUUACUUCAGGGGCUCUCUUGAACAUGGUUAUGAGUCUAAGUUCACCAGGAACAGCCUUCAAGAAUUUCCGAAUCUCAUAUCGGGCAACUUUCCUUCAAGUGUAGGAAUUUUGGGCCAUCAAGGCUUACCGAACACCCUGAGAGAGAGGCAGGAGAAAAGGUUCAAGUCCAUACUUUUGUUGGAAGCAAGUGCUUCAGAACACUUGAAGCACUUGCAGUUAGUUGUUGAUCUGAUUUUGGUUAAUUUGUAGUUACGUUAGAGGAGGUGAUGUUGGAAACAAAUUUAAGAUUCUUUGUGUUUAACUGGAGGUUUGCAAGAAGGAUUUGGAAGAAAGACAAUAGAGUACAACCUACAGGCAUGUGCUUCACAGAGGAAUCAUUUUCCAACCACUUAAUCUGACUGUGCUGCACAGCCAUGGAUUUUUAUUCAUCCAAGAUGUUGUCCUCUUACUUGAUGAAGUGUUACUAUCGGUCCCACUGUUUUUUCCGAGAUUCAGAUUUAGAGACAAAGAAUCUGUGCAAUGGUUCUUUCUCAAACAAUUUCUAUACACAACUGAAGUAUAUAGCCCAAUUUUCCCACUUCCUUUUCAAAGCAUUUUUGCCUUUGUAUUGUUUGUAUUUUUGAUUUUUUGUUUAUUCGCUUCUUUGGGUUUGUUCUUGGUUUCUGAUGUGAUUCCUAAAGUCUCCAACUAGAAAUUUAUUUAUGUUUUUUGCAAGUUUAAAACCCUGUCAAUGUUUUUUUCGUAGUUCCUGCUAUUCUUGUUUUUCUUUUCUUUUCUUCGUUUUUCAGCUUGUCGAGCAGCCUAUCUUUCAAUAUGUCUAGCUUUUAUCGCUUUUUUGUGCUCUUGGAACCUUUUAUUUAGUUUUUGCACUCUUUUUAAGCAUUUCUGCUAGUCUUCUAGCUCGAAUGCCUUUUCGAGGUUCUUAACUUCCUUUGGAGUAGUUGCGGAUUCCAAUUUUUGUAAUCUCUGUUCUUUCGUCUUUUGUCUUUCUUGUUUUUGUUGUCUCCUUUCCUCUUUGAUUUUUCGAAAUUCUGAGAGUUUGCUUCUUGUUUGGAAUUUCAAUUUGCUUCAGUUUGUAUAAAAAUUGUUUGAGAAAAAACAUUGCAGAGAUUCUUUGUCUUCAAAUCUGAAUUUUGGAGAAGGCGGUGGGACCAAUAGUGACACUUCACCAGGCAAGAGGACAACAUCUUGGAUGAAUUAAAAUCCAUGGCUUUGCUUCAUAGUCAGAUUCAGGGAUUGGAAAUGAUUCCUAUGUGAAGCACUUGCUUGUAUGUUGUACUCUAUCAUCUUUCUUCCAAAUCCUUCUUGCAGACCUCUAGGUAAGCGCAAAGGAAUCCUUAAAUUUAUGUCUGAUAACAACUCCUCUAAAGUAACUCUAACUUAACCAAUGUCAAGUGAACAACUAAUUAAGAAAAAUUAGAAUAGGGAAUGCCUAAAAUUCUCAGCUGCUGUCAUCUAUUGCAAGCACAAGAAGGUUAUCCAUUAUGGCUACAUAUUACAAGGACAGAAAUACUUCUGUGGCAGUACCAGCGUUUGAGGAUCCAUAUCAUCUUUGACUAAUACUUCUAUGGCAAGUUUCCUUCAAGUGUAGGAAUUUUGGGCCAUCAGGGCUUACUGAACACCCUGACAGAGGGGUAACCCGAAGGUACAAUCCAGA